GUUAAGUUAUAAUUCCGCCCUAUUCGUAUAACGGUUGCCAAAAGAAAUGUUUAAGUUGUGGUUGAAAUUUCAAAUAUUUUUAGCCGUCGGCAGCGUUUUGGCCGACCCCUGCACUAUAUCUAUACCAACGGACUUACCGGAUCCUCAACCCGUCUUUGUAACACAGCAAGGACUAUUCCGGCCGAUUAAUCAAGUAACCGAAGUGCAAGAGGGCGAGGAGCUCACAUUGCACUGCGCUGGUAAGGGCAAUGUAGUGGUACCUCUCAAGCAACAAACAGUCACGCUAGUUUGUCGUGGUGGAGAUUUCUACAAUACAGAAACGGACGAACAACAAACACUUAAAGAUCUGAAAUGUACGCGUAUACCAACCUCGGAGCUGCAGGCAACAGAAACCAGUUGUGCUGACGGCGCCGGUGUCUUCUACGAAGUGGGCUUCCUGGUGAACGAUAAUUUCCAUAGCGUUUUCACAAUUUGCUACGACAGUGCAAACGAGCACACGAUCUAUUCACGCAGUCUCGUCAAUGGUGCAGCACAGAGUUUCAAAAUAAACGACAGCACCCGUCGCGCAUUCAAAGCCGAUGGACUGCGUUUCUCCACCACGGCAACGAAUAAUUUCUACGUGAAUAAAAACCAGAAAUCGCGUUUCGCAUCCUACUUUGGCGCUAAACAAGCGUUCGUAAACAGGACUAGCUUCCUCGCACGUGGUCAUAUGGCACCCGAUGCUGAUUUCGUUUUCAGCUACGAACAGUUGGCCACCUACUAUUACGCCAACUGUGCGCCGGAAUGGCAGGUGGUGAAUGCCGGCAACUGGUUGCGCGUAGAGAAUGCCGUUCGCAAGCUGGCCUCUCAACUGGGCUCCGAUGUACUCACAUAUACCAGCACUUUGGGUGUGUUGGAGUUAACAAAUCCCACGGAUAAUAAAGAGACGCAAAUUUAUUUGGAUAAAACCGAAUUGAUUCCAGCACCAGAAUGGUAUUAUAAAAUCGUAAUGCAUCCAAGUCUUGCCGCUGACGUAGUCUUCAUCACACGUAAUAAUCCAUUCGAAGAUGUUGGCAAAGAGGUGGAGUUUUGUACGAAUGUUUGUGAUAAGUACGAUUUAGAUUUGAGCUAUUAUGAGGACUCACGUCAUGGAUACACAUUUUGCUGUGAGUUGAAUGAUUUCUGGGUAGCCGCUAUGAAUACUGACAGCCCGAAUUUCGAUCUACCAGAUGGCUGGAGUUAUAAGAAUUAAUGGGAAAGAUCUCGCUCUCGCUCUUUCUCUCUCUCUCUCUUUUUUAAAUAAAUGCAA